UAAAAGGCAGGCAGAGCAGCCAGAGUAGCCAGAGUUGCAGAGAGACUGAGACCAACUCAGAAACUUCCAACUCUCGCGCUGAAGCUCCCGUGCUCACCCUCCAACAUGAAGCUCUCAGCAUCUCUUCUGUGCCUGCUGCUCACAUCAGCCACCUUCAGCACCCAGGUGCUUGCUCAGCCAGAUUCGGUUUCCAUCCCAAUCACCUGCUGCUUUACAGUGAUCAAUGGGAAGAUCCCCUUCAAGAAUUUGGACAGCUACACAAGAAUCACCAACAGCCAGUGUCCCCGGGAAGCUGUGAUCUUCACGACCAAACUGGGCAAGGAGGUCUGUGCUGAUCCCAAGAAAAAGUGGGUCCAGACUUCCAUGAAGCUCUUGGACCAAAAGUCCAAAACCCUGAAGCCUUGAACCUUCAUACCUGGACUGAGAGCCCAUCGCUGCCUUAGGAAAACCUUAUUUAUUUCCCUCCAAACUUCCCCGGGUGCAGAGUGAUAUUAUUUUAUUAGAAUGUCUG